AUGGUCUGAUCCCUUGGUCUAUUAGUCGUGUCUCUGUUCCAUACUUCCAUUCCCAUUCAGGAACCUUUCCUUUCCUGAGCAUGUGAGCCCAAUGGUUAAAGAAUCACUUGAGCGUCAAUAUUAAAUGGAGUCCACUGUACUUGGUUGCACUUGUCGUAGCUUUUCCGUCAGCCGCUGCGGUUUACCCGAGAGCAAAAAGAGGAGGAAACGUGAACAACAACAGCGAAGGUACAAUCGUCAAAACACAACCACCAAUCUCUCUUUCCCAAAAUCAUCCCCGACUCCGCUCCUCAUCAAUCAGACACCCAACUCUCAAAGUAGACAUGAAGCUCUCGACGCUGUUCUCAGAGACAUCGAAGCAUCAAUCGAUCGUGGCAUCGAAGUUGAUGCAGUAAUCUUCUCUUCCCUACUCGAGACAUGUUUCCAAAUGCAAGCCAUUGACCAUGGCAUCCGAAUUCACCGUCUCAUCCCCCCGAAGCUCCUUCGUAAGAACGUCGGCCUCUCUUCGAAGCUUCUCCGUUUGUACUCGUCGGGUGGGCACAUAGACGAGGCCCAUCAACUCUUCGACCAAAUGCCAAGGCGUGACACAUAUGCCUUCGCUUGGAACUCGCUCAUUUCCGGCUACGCCGAAAUGGGUAUUUAUGAAGAUGCUAUAGCUCUUUACUUUCAAAUGGAGGAGGAGGGUGUGGAGCCGGAUCAGUUCACCUUUCCCCGUGUUUUAAAAGCGUGUGCGGGACUAGGUUUGAUUCGGAUGGGCGAGGAAAUCCACCGCCAUAUAGUUCGUUCUGGGUUCUCUGGUGAUGGGUUUGUGCUCAAUGCCCUCGUCGAUAUGUAUGCUAAGUGUGGAGACAUUGUAAAGGCUCGAAAGGUCUUUGAUAAGAUUGUUCAUCGCGACUCAGUUUCAUGGAAUUCGAUGUUGACGGCUUACAUCCAUCAUGGGCUUCCGUUGGAGGCCUUGGACAUCUUUCGUCGGAUGCUCUUUGCUGGUUUCCAGCCAGACUCGGUCGCCAUAUCCGCAAUUGUAUCUGGGUUUUUAUCUACCAGACUCGGAGCCGAGAUUCAUGGAUGGAUUAUCCGGCGGGGACUUGAGCAGAAUUUGUCCAUUGUCAAUUCAUUAAUUUCGAUGUACGCAGAGGUCGGGAAGUUGGAUCAAGCACGAUGGUUGUUUGAGUGUAUGCCUGAAAGGGAUGUCGUAUCGUGGAAUUCUAUAAUUUACGGCCACCGUCAUGACCCACAAGCGCUUUUAUAUUUCCAGCGAAUGGAGAAUUUUGGUGUUCUGCCAGACGGCAUCACGUUCGUGUCCCUGCUUACAGCUUGUGCUAAUUUGGGUUUGGUGGGAGAUGGACAGCGGUUCUUUCUGAAGAUGAAAAAGGCAUACAGAAUAGCCCCACGCAUGGAGCAUUACGCUUGUAUGGUGAACCUCUUUGGGAGGGCAGGCUUGGUUGAUGAGGCUUACGAAAUUAUCCAGAAGAUGGAAUUUGAAGUUGGUCCGACUGUGUGGGGUGCUCUUCUAUUUGCUUGCUCUGUUUAUGGGAACGUAGAGGUGGGAGUGAUCGCUGCGGAAAAGCUUUUCGAAUUAGAGGCAGACAAUGCUCAUAACUUCGAGCUUCUGAUUAAGAUCUACAGGAAUGCUGGUAGAUUGGAAGAGGUGGCAAGGGUGAGAAAGUUAAUGCUGGACAGAGGGUUGGAUUCAUAACCUGCCGGUGGAUAAGAGCUCAGAGCACCUUUAUCCCCAGUGUAAAUUGCAAAACGU